AUGAGUGCAGAUGUUAAAAAUUACAUUAAAUCCUGCAUUAAAUGUUUACAACACAACCCCAUCAGACGAAAACUGGAUGGACAGUUGAAACCAAUCAAACCUCCAAAUGGAAUAUGGGAAUUACUGUUAAUGGACUUCCACGGACCAAUAGCACCGAUGACACACCAUGGACAUAAAUACAUUAUUGCAAUAACCGACGUUUUAUCCAAAUUCGUGGUUACGCGAGCUACACGUGACUGUUCCGCGCAAACGGUGGUGCGAUUCAUCAAGGAAGAUGUUAUUUGCAAAUAUGGCACACCACGUUGCAUAUUAACGGACAAUGGAAGUCAUUUUACCUCCGCAAUGACGAACAAUUUAUUACAACAAGCUGGUAUUACCCACUUAUACUCCACUCCCUACCAUCCACAAACCAAUGGUCAAGUGGAGCGAUACAACUCAACAAUGGAUGCAAAAAUAGCUGCAUUAUCCAAUCAACAAAAAACGGAUUGGGACGAGCAACUGCCGUUUGUUACAUUUAAUCAUAAUGCCACCGUUCAUUCAACCACCAAACAAAUCCCGUUUGAAAUGGUAUUUGGUAGAGCACCAAAGUUACCAUUUGAUAGGCAAUCAGAAGUAGUCUCGCUCGAACAACAUCCAGAGCACAUUACAAAAUUAAAACAAUAUAUAUCAUCAUUAGAAAACGAAGCCAUGAAGAACAUCAUAAAAACUCAACAACAAUCGAAAAAACGUUACGAUUUACAUCGAUCGAAUCCAGUAUACAACUUAGGUGAUUUGGUUUUAGUCAAAACAAUAAAUAAUAGACGAAAACUUGAUGUUCGCUAUGAAGGUCCGUUUAAAAUCGCUCAACGAUUGGCUGACAAAACAUAUAUAGUGCAACACAUCAAAAAACCAACUUUGACAAAACAAAUCACCGUCGAUUCCAUCAUACCAAUAUUCGAACGUCUAAAUAUCAGUUAA